AUGCCGAUAGCGUCGACAUCAUAUGAGGGGAUUGUCUACGAAAGUGAUAAAGAUAAGACUAAAAGAAAACGACGUGAACCGACAAUACGACAGUGUGAAGAGUGUGGUAAAGUGCUGAAGUAUCCGUCGAAAAUAGCCGAGCACAUGAGGUCGCAUACUGGAGAACGACCGCACAGAUGCCCUCUCUGUGGGAUUUCGUUCUCGCAGAAAGGUGAAAAGCCAUAUGCAUGCACAUGGGAGUGUGGACGGUCAUUCGUUUCGUCGUCAGCACGUCAGAUGCAUGAGAAGUCACACCGAGGAGAGAAACCAUUCAGUUGUGCUUAUUGUGGACAGUUGUUCGGCAAGAAGUUUCAUAUGAAACGACAUCAGUUAACUCAACAUUCUGUGAAUAAUUACUUUUAUGAUAGCGACAAUAAUUUUAAUAGCACACCGACCGGACUCGAGGCUGCUGGAGAGGAUGUGAGGGUAUUGGUUGGUCCAGUAACGGUGCGUUUCAUUUAG